ACCAGCAAUGAAGGGGGUGAUUUUUUUCAGUUCUCUUUUGGUGGCUGUUUUCAGCCAGAAGAUCUUUGUGGGGGAUCAAGUGCUGAGGAUAGUGACUAAGGAUAUGGAGCAGGUUACCCUGUUGAAGGAUCUUGAAGAGCUUGAGAACUUGGAGCUUGACUUUUGGAAGGGGCCCACACAUCCUGAUUUUCCCACUGAUGUUCAUGUUCCAUUUGCCAGCCUUCAAGCCGUCAAAGUAUUUCUGGAGUCCAACAAUAUCCAAUAUUCUAUCAUGAUUGAGGAUCUGCAGUCAGUAGUGGAAGAAGAAAAGAUUCAGAUAAUCAGAUCUCGUUCCAUUGAACAAAUGAGAAACACAGACAGCUUUAACUAUGCCAGCUACCACACUCUGGAUGAGAUCUACAAUUGGAUGGAUGUGCUGGUUUCCGAACAGUCUAACCUGGUCAGCAAAAUUAACAUUGGUUCCACCUUUGAGAAUCGCCCCAUUUACGUUCUUAAGUUCAGCACUGGCGGCACCAAACGCCCAGCCAUCUGGAUUGAUACCGGUAUUCACUCACGUGAGUGGGUCACACAGGCUAGCGGAAUCUGGAUGGCAAAAAAGAUUGCCACCGACUACGGAAAAGAUGCAUUCAUUACCUCUAUCCUAAAUGAAAUGGAUAUCUUCAUUGAGAUUGUCACCAACCCUGAUGGAUUCCAUUUCACACACACCAAAAACCGCAUGUGGCGUAAAACCAGGUCCAUCAAUUCAGGAUCCUCUUGUGUUGGAGUUGACCCAAACAGGAACUGGGAUGCUGGAUUUGGAGGAGCUGGUGCCAGCAGUAACCCCUGCUCUGAAACCUACCGUGGACCACGUGCCAAUUCUGAAUCGGAGGUCAAAUCCAUUGUUGACUUUGUGAAGAGCCAUGGCAACAUCAAGGCCUUCAUCUCCAUCCAUAGCUACUCCCAGAUGCUUCUUUAUCCUUACGGAUAUACAAAGACCCCUGCCCCGAAUCAGCAGGAACUGCACAGCCUUGCCAGAAAAGCUAUUGAUGCUUUGUCUUCUCUAUAUGGAACCAGCUAUAGAUAUGGCAGUAUUAUCAACACCAUCUACCAAGCCAGUGGUGGCACCAUUGACUGGACCUAUAACCAGGGCAUCAAAUACUCCUACACCUUUGAACUGCGUGACACUGGUAGAUAUGGGUUUAUACUGCCUGCCAACCAAAUCAUUCCUACCGCCCAGGAGACCUGGCUGGCUAUUACGACCAUCAUGGAGCAUACCUAUAACAAUCCAUACUAAAUAUGUGAUCAAACUUUAUUAACUGAAGUUUUAUCUUAAUUAGGUUCCUAAUUGCCAAAUGUUGACUGUAAAGUAAUAAUCCUGAAUAAAAUGAUUUCCUCAUGCAAAAAUCAUAGAUUUUUUCAGGUUCUUUUUUUAUACCUAUACUACAGCUACGUACCAAAUAUGAAAACUCUGAGGUCUAUUCAGUAGAUCUGAAUGGAGGUGAUACUAAAUAACAUAGUUUGAAUCAGGGGUGAAAUUCUACAGGUACUCACCAGUACUCUGUACCGGGACUUAUUUAUCUGCUUUUCAUCCAACGUGGAUACAUUCCUUCCACUCAUACAGUCCCCUAGCGCAACGUUUUUCAAAUGCUUUGUUUCAUUCAGCACAGUUCACAAGUGAUGUGUGGGACAGUAGAGAUUAAUAUUGAUAUAACAGGAUCAAGAAAGUGCCGCUUAAGAUUUUGGUAAGCGAGUCAGAAUCAGGAUACAGAUGUAGAUGUGCUUCAUGCUUUUCAAACACUGGCCCAACUUGCUAGGUAAAUAUUAAGCAUAAUGAUCAAUGUUUUCUUUUGUUGUGAUCGUAGUAUUUUCUGUU